GAGAGAAACCCAUCAAUCUGCAUCUUUGCCUCGCAAAAAUCUGGCUCUUCCUGCCACCCCUUUUGGAUGUGUUUUCUGUAGAUGUAGCUGGCUGGGUUUAACCAUAAUUUUUGAUGGGGAAGAAGGGAGGAACUUCCUGGUUGACUGCUGUGAAAAGGGCUUUCAGAUCUCCUACUAAAGACACCGACAAGAGAAGUAACAGAAGAAGAGAGGACCACGACCAUGAAGAAGAAGAGGAAAAGCAGAAGAGAGAAAAGCGGAGAUGGAUUUUUAGGAAAUCCGGGAACCAGGAAGUAGGGACUCAGCAAACCCCUGUAAAAGCUGAGGUUGCGCAGGGGACUGGUGGUGGAGGAAGUGCAGGAAUAGAGAAUAUUGCAACUGCAGCAGAGGAAAGGCAUGCCAUUGCACUGGGGGUGGCUAAGGCGGCGGAGGCGGAGGCGGAGGCCACCGCACAGGCGGCAGUGGGGGUGCCUCGGUUGACCAGGCCUUCUAAUUACGCCAGAGAGCGUAAUGCUGCCAUUGUUAUUCAGACGGCUUUCAGAGGCUAUUUGGCGAGGAGGGCUCUUCGUGCGCUAAAAGGGCUGGUGAAGCUCCAAGCUCUAGUGAGGGGUCACAAUGUGAGAAAGCAAGCCAAGAUGACUCUCCGCUGCAUGCAGGCUCUGGUUAGGGUUCAAGCCAGAGUUCUUGACCAACGGAUGAGGCUUUCACACGAUGGAAGCCGAAAAUCCACAUUUAGUGACACAAAUUCCGUUUGGGAAUCUCGGUAUCUUCAUGACAUUUCCGACAGAAAAUCCGUUUCAAGAGAAGAAAGUAGUAGUAUUGCAGAUGAUUGGGAUGAAAAGCCACACACAAUAGAGGAAGUAAAAGCUAUGUUGCAACAGAGGAAGGAAGCUGCACUUAAACGUGAAAAGAACUUAUCUCAGGCCUUCUCCCAACAGAUAUGGAGAAGUGGUAGAAGUACAUCAAUGUGUGAUGGAGAGGAGCUCGAAGAUAGACCGAAAUGGCUUAAUAGAUGGAUGCCUGCAAAGUCAUGGGAUAGCAGCAUCAGAGGAAGAGCUUCAACUGACCAAAGAGAUCCUAUUAAAACUGUAGAAAUGGAUACUUCUCAACCUUUUUCAUACUUAGCUCCAAAUUAUCGUAGAGCAAAUUCGAAUCAAUAUCAUCAAAAUCGACCACAAAACCAAAGGCCUAGUUCACCACUACAAAGAGCUCACCAGAAUGCACCCCUCCACCAUUCCCCUGUCACACCAUCACCCUCCAAAUCCAGGCCUCUUCAAGUCCGUUCAGCGAGCCCUAGGUGUCCUAGAGAAGAUAGUAGCUAUAGUUCAUCACAAACACCAAGUUUGAGGUCCAAUUACUACUAUAACAUCAACAACUUGCAACAACAUAGCAGAGGAAGUACUAGUGGUAGUGGCAGCAAUGGCGCUGCAUUGCCUAAUUACAUGGCAGCAACUGAGUCUGCUAAGGCCAGGAUCCGGUCUCAAAGUGCACCAAGGCAGAGGCCCUCUACCCCAGAGAGGGACAGAAUGGGAUCAGCAAGGAAGCGGCUUUCAUUCCCAGUCCCAGAAACCUAUGGUGUAGGGAUGGGAAAUGGAGGUUAUGGACAUAACCUGAGGAGUCCAAGCUUUAAGAGUGUGAGUGCAUCACAUUUCGGAUUGGAACAACAAUCAAACUACUCUUCUUGCUGCACAGAGAGCGUUGCUGGUGAGAUCUCCCCCUCUUCAACUAGUGACCUUAGAAGAUGGUUGAGGUGAUAAGAUACUCUGAUGAACUACUCUGAUGAACCUAAUCUUAUUUGAUUUUGCUCCUUUAAGCUUUGUGAUUCAGUAGGUAAUUAUAUAUCUGUGUAGGUAGGUGGACCAUCUAAUUUGAUAUUUUGAUCAAGGCCUUUUUUCCCCUUUCUCCUUCAUUUGUUGUUUUAGAUUGAAACUAUAAGAGGAAUAUGUGGUGACCCUCCUCAUUGGCAUAUUGUUUCAUGAGAAUUCAUAAGCUAAAGUCAUUUAGAGACUCUUCUGACUGUCUAAUGUUAACUAUUCUGUAAUUCUUUUUCAGAAUCCGAGUUUGAUUCAAGUUCUCCUCCAAUCUCAUUCUUUGCCUUCGAAAUAGAAAAUUUUAGAUGAU